GCCCACAAUUUUCGGGUUAACUUCUUUUCACUAAACUUGACAUCGUUGCUCGGGCGGAGUCCAGCUAUCGAGGGUGUUUCAUCAGUCACUACGUCACAGCCACUGCUAGUUUUGACUGCCACUCACAACUCUGGAAGUACUUCCAGCAUGGUUGGCUUUCUGGGUACGGGAAGCAGGAAUUCCCCAGCGACGGACAGUCGCCAUCCUGAUACUCUAAACCCGCCUCAUGCCAACGGAAGUGCUGCUCGCGUCGUCUCCGAUAGCUCUGCAUCCAAUCAGUCUGUCGGCCACCAGGCUGAGAAUGACCAUAGUCACGGUCCCCUUCAUUUCUUUUCGCUUCCUCACUGGACACGAAAGAUACUACCUGUCUCCGUGUCUGCUCGUCGAAGUCUAGCUGGCAUGCCCUCUGAUGAACUCGGCGUCGUUCGCAGAAGGCCCUCAAACCUUAUGCUGGACAAGGAGCUCCCGCCCACACCUCCGAAGACUCAGAGUGUAGCUGGCAAUCCCGACUCUGUACCACCGUCCUUGGACAAAUCCAUAUCCUCGCCCACAUCUACGGACAGAUUCACUCCCUCACCUACCGUGCCUAGAGCAAACAUGCCUUCAACUUCCGUUGAUCCCAGACAUGCACAGCCAACGUUAUAUUUUGAUGUAUAUCAUAAUACCCCUAACGUCUCUGUUCCCCGUGGAGUGAACACAGUGUCUUUUGUCACUCCUUCACCUACGGGCAGCGGUCAGCGUGACUUGACCCUCCCGCUACGACACUCCAGAAGUUCCCAAUCAAUCCGUUCACAUAAACAGGCAGAUCGGUCGAUACACGCGGAUAGAGCUCGUGGUCUUUUCACCGGCCAGAGACUAUCUAGUCCCAGACGGAAAGACGCUGAACCGCCGCCGGCUGGUGAAAACAGUCAAGGAUCACCUGGUCGCCAGAUGUCGACCAAACCUUCGCAAGAACUGCUAUCAGUUCCGUCUGAUUCUCUUUCCCUUCCAGCAUUGCAACCGACAUCACCGUUUCACAUAGACUUCCAUUCGGACACUCUGACAUCUUCCCAGCAGUCACCGCAACGAUCCGCUUCGGGAUUGACACGAAGACACUCGGAGAAGGUCUUCAGACGUCCCUCUCCCUCCAACUCUGAAGUGCCUGCAUUACCCAAGAUUCCAUUAGCAUUUGCUUCGUCCCAGCAUCGUUCAAUGACUGCCGAUCCAACCUUUUCUUCUCAUCCACCCCGACCUGCACUGCGCCGCCCCAUGACUGCCGAUUCCAUCCGUUCACGCACUCGUUCAUUUUUUACUUCGUCACCACAGACAACGCCCGUUCCUUCCACACACACGCCACACUUUGGAAAUGCACUCUCAAGUCUCACAUCGUCUACCUCCGCCAGUCAUGCAAAUAAUCGUCCACGUUCUGCUACGAAUCCACCUCUCCUGCACCGGCUCUCAAUGAAUUUUUUCGCAUCAUCUACUGCCUCAGCAAAAGCCGGAACAGUUCCUGGCAGUACCAUAACCGCCUCACCGGUUUCUCGGUCACGUCCAUCAUUGCUUUCAUCGGUACCACCUGAGGAGCUGAGACCUCAACAGGAUGAGUUACCUGAGGCUUUCUUGCAGAGACUUACCUCCCUUGCUGGUAAAGCUGAUAUUGCGGGGCUGUUGGCGUCAAGUGCGGAAGCCAAAUAUGUAGCUACCCUCAGGCAUUACAUCGGAAAGUUCUCUUUUGCUGGGGAUCCUUUGGAUGUCGCUCUGCGUCGGCUUUUGAUGCAUAUUGGUCUUCCCCGGGAAACACAACAAAUCGAUAGGGUGAUGGAAGCUUUUGCGAAGCGAUACGUUGAGUGCAACCCAGACAUAUUUAUGUCCGAGGAUAUCCCAUACAUUCUCGCCUUCAGUCUUAUCAUGCUUCACACAGAUGCCUUCAACAAGUCCAACAAGCGAAAAAUGACAAAAGUUGACUAUCAGAAAAACACUGCUAUCUCAGGAGUUAUACCCGAAGUGUUGGAUUGCUUUUAUGAUAACAUUGUUUUCGCUCCUUUCAUAUUUAUCGAGGACCCUAUGGAUCAUCCUCAUCCAUCAGCUGAUGGCAAUUUCUCGCGACCUCCUACUUCCGCUGGUCUUCCAAUGACGCCAGUAGGAGGUACUCUACUGAGUAGACCAAAGAUUGAUCCAUACUAUCUGAUCACCAAUCACUUACUUGAUUCGCUCCGUGUAAAUGUCGAGCAGUACAUACCCCUAGACAACCCAUACUGCUGGGAGGGGACAAGUGGUUCCUGGGACAACGACGAACUUUGGUCUGCCUUUGCCCAAGGGGAUACGAUAGAGAUUACUUGCUUUGAACACAAUCGUUUACCUUCUGGGUUGUUCGGGCUCAGUGGCAUUUCCAGUCCAUCACUUAUGGGGACAACUGCACUUCCCGGAUUUUUGCCACCUCAGAAGGAGACUUGGCGGCUUAAGUUGUCGAAGGUCUCUGUGUUAAACCGCAAAGACGAUAGAUUGGAAGGCGGCAAAAAGCCCUCGAACCGCAAGUGGAAGCCGUUUGGUGUUGCUUUGACGAGUUCGCAAGUCCUUCUCUUUCGCGAUCCAUCAUGGGCUGCCACGUUUUUGGCAUCAUCGGAUUCUUCAAGAAAGUCGACCAUACAUUGCAAACCUGAUGAAGUUUUGUCGGUCAAGGACGCACUCGCUGUUUUUGAUCGGUCGUACCAAAAGCAUCAAAACACCUUUCGCUUGGCCCUCGCUGAUGGACGCCAGAUCUUGUUCCAGGCUUCAAGUGAAAUGGAGGUCAACCAAUGGAUUUCGCGCAUCAACUAUGCCAGUGCUUUCAAAUCUGCUGGGAUACGGAUGCGUCCCCCUGGCAUGACAGGCAGGGAGGUGACGCUGACCGGGGUUGCCGCCGCACAAUCACACCUCCAGGACUUACGGGUAGUGCAGCAAUCCCAGCCCAAAAUUCGAUCAUGGGGUUCUCAGAGCUCACUUACCCGUGCUUCUCAGUCGACCGACGAAGGUGCAGAGGAUGCCGUCGAGGAAUCAAACCCAGAAAUUGGGUUCAAGCUUGAUGCUCGGCACAAUAUCACCCAUGAACCUCCCGCCGUGCCUGAGAUCGAAGGGGCAUCCCAGCUCAAAGCAACUUUUGACGAAGUGAAAGCGCAAUUGACUGCUGCCCGGCUCAGUCUGUGCGAUUCGUCAAUACCCUCGAAUGACACAUCUGAUGAUGUCAUUCGUUUCCCUGGGCGCUGCUCCUCUCCAACAACUGACAUCAAUUCCCAUCCCCAAAGCAAUCGCACCAUUCUCCUCCAAUCCACCGUCGGCGAUCUCGAAGACCGUAUUUGUGUAGCGCAGCCGCUUCUCGAAGCAAAGAUGCACUUCGCUCGCAACAUCGCGGUUUUGACACCCUUCCAACGGUCAACGCGAGAUCGGCUUCAAGAUGCGGUGCAAAAUGCAGCUAAGCAGAUCUCCCAGUUGCGUCUGGAGAUCGCUAGGCUCAUAUGUCACCGUAAUGUCCUGCUACACGAUGUAGCAGCAGAAGAGCGAGGGUUUAAACAGGCGGCUACAAUCGCUUUGAAUGCUGCCAUGGAUACGUUACAGAGUCGAAGGCAGUGUAUACCUGAGCCGACGUCAUCACCUGAUGAUGGAUCACUGGACAUGUCGUUGCAGCAACCAUCUUCUAAAGUCGUACCCAGUUCCCCAGAGUCCUCCGUUGACGCCUCUUUCCGGACAGCUCUAGAUUUCGGUCCAGACUGGCCGACAAACUACACGUUUACCGUGUCGAACGUCUUAGAGCCGACAAGGAUCACAGAUUCCCCUCUCACUGAAGGGGAGGGCCCAGGGUACCCGUUUCUAGAGGCCGACACCAGUCUCUCGGAGUCUCGGACACCUCAUUCUAUUCGAAGCUCUCUAUCCUUCCAAGACAGCACUCCUCAUUCUGUCCACGAGAAGUUCUACACAGCGGAAGAGUCGCCUGAAGAACAAGCUGAGGAGUGGAACAAGACCCGAGCAGCGAAACGUGUUUCGCUAGUCAAAUUGCCCCCAGACAUUCGACUGUCGAAGAUGUUUGGCAAGGCUCAACGGAAUGGCUGUAAUGACCUGAUAUCUACUGUGACUCGGGAGGAUUCUUCUUUUGGAUAGUUCCUUGCGCAUUGAACUUGGACAAUCUACUCGCCUAUUGCAUACGUUAUAUCGCUUGAAUUGCGUCGCAUAUUAUAUAACCCUAACGAAACCUAACCAGCUUAAUGUCGCGAGCUAGCUCUAUCAUUCUGACUCGUGUUGUUUUGAAAUCCUAAGGCUUCAGCUGUGACCUGAUACUACAGGCUCGUGGGCUGUUGCUGUUUCUCCCACCGACUACUACCGUCACUGUAGGUGCCAGCCCCCGAGCACGACGUCACUAGGGCCUUCCUAGCAUAACGCAUGUCCAGUAAUGUCACCAAGGGAUCCCAUGCCGUGUGCG